GAUCAUCCACGAGGAUGGCUUCUCUGGAGAAGACGUGAAGCAGUACAAGCCAGUGGUCUACAGCAACACUAUACAGUCCCUGGCAGCUAUUGUACGUGCCAUGGAUACCUUGGGCAUCGAAUACGGUGAUAAGGAGCGGCGGGCUGAUGCCAAGAUGGUCUGCGAUGUCGUAAGUCGGAUGGAGGACACAGAGCCCUUCUCUCCAGAGCUGCUGUCAGCUAUGAUGAGACUCUGGGCAGACUCUGGGAUCCAAGAAUGCUUCAACCGGUCCCGGGAAUAUCAACUUAACGACUCAGCCCAAUACUACCUAGACAGCUUAGAUCGAAUCGGAGCUGCAGACUACCAGCCCACGGAGCAGGAUAUCCUCCGAACCAGGGUUAAAACAACUGGCAUCGUAGAAACCCACUUCACAUUCAAAAACCUCCACUUCAGGCUCUUCGAUGUCGGGGGCCAGCGGUCAGAACGCAAGAAGUGGAUUCACUGCUUUGAGGACGUCACAGCGAUCAUCUUCUGCGUCGCGCUGAGUGGCUACGACCAGGUGCUCCAUGAAGACGAAACCACG